AUGUCACAAUCAAAAUAUCCAACUACUAUGAGCUGUAGAGAGGCAUUUGAUCAAUUAACAAUAUGCUAUUCUAUUGGAGGUCAGUUUAGAAAUUACUAUAGAUAUGGACAAUUCAAUCCUUGCCAAAGACAGUUGGCAAAAUUGAAUUUUUGUCUGCUACAUGGAUCAGAACCUAUUAAAGUUCAAGAAUGGUAUAAAGCUGAAUUGGAACGAAAUAAAGAACUUAAAGGUAGUUCAGAUACUAUAUGGAAGGAGAGAUCAUAA